UCUUCUCUUUUUUUCUCCCUCUUCUUUCCUUGGAGUGAGAUUUUUGCUCUCGCUGACUCGCCUCUCCCGAGUAGAUUCACAUCAGCGCGAAGAGGAAAAACGACUACGGAAGGAACCCUGGGCAUUUUUCAAAGCGUACUUUUCUCAUAUUCUCAUCGGACGAGGCUCGCUUGGCUUUCUUUUUUCAUGUGUUUGCUUUUCCUGUAGACUGCUCUUUUUUCCUUUCGUGGACGAAAGCAACACAGAAAGGAGACUGCGAAAGGUUCGAUCUGUCACUCUGAUAAAAGUGGACCCUCUUCAACAAGAAAGAGAACUUCGAAAUUACAAGCAGAGAUCCCUGAAGUCGAGAAGGUAUUUUUGCACCUCGAACCUGUGUAGCCGUGUGUUUGUCUAAUCUUCCCUCCAUCUGGGUCUUGUUUUGAGUGAACUACUAACCUUCAACAUUUUCCUGAAUAAUUUUUCACACACACAAAAAAAAACUCGGAUUGCGUUUCUCUCUGCAAACAUUUUUUGAGGUGAUGUCAUCGUUCCGUGUUCUGGCUGGUAUUGUGUCGGGACAUUGGAUGUACCGAGCAGCCAGCGGCUGAGACUUGGUCGGGGAAAUCCGGGAAAUCAGGUGCAGAACGCGGCUGUCAUUUGUGCGCUGUCGCGGGUGGCUGGGUUCGCCCCUCAGUCACAGCUGUUCCCAUUCUCUGUUGCCUCUCCCCCCUACCCCCACCCCCUCCCUCCCUCUCUCUCUGUCUCUGUCCCUCUCGCCCUCUGCUUUUCAUUCAACUCUAUCCCCCCAUCUUCUUCUGAGCUGGACCGCUUCGGGCUCUCCUCCUUCUCCACUCAAGCGGACACUGUUAUCGGUCAGUGUCCCUCGGGCCACAGACCCUUUGACCCCGCCAGGGAGGGCAGCCAUGACCGAGACUACCGUGCAGCAUCCGGAGUAUGCCGAACCGCCGCGUCUACAUCGCCCUCGUCUCCCCGCCCAGGUAUCCUUCUGCCUCCCGCGGCGCCUGACCUUGCCUCGUACGGACUAGAGCCGAAGCUCCCGCCUCCGUGCGCACUACUCCUCCCUUCUCCCCUUACCGACCCAUCCCUCCGUCCGUCGCUCAUGCCCGUAACCGUUCCUUUCCAUCCAAGAGGAUUUAUUCCUAAAAGGACGUAUUUCUCGAUCAAAGGAGCAAGUUGUAACUAAGAAAAAAGCCGACCCAAACUGUUCCACGACGUCUGGAAAAUAGAUUUCAACUGUGGGGAUCGAGUGAAGUUAACUGCAAACAGACGGAACAGGUUGACAGACAACGAACUCCAACUAGGAAUAUAAAGCAUUGUAACCGACUUCAUCCUGGACUUUGUAACUCAGGGUGGAUAGACUGACUGAAAGCGGAUUUUUUUUUGGAUCUUGACAGUGGCUGAACUUCGUUUCACCUGUCCCCACAGCUCCGAGAAUACUGCUGUUGAAUGACCUGACCCCCCGCCCCCCCUUCCUCCAGUCCUCACGUUGCCCCGCCCCUGUUUGCUGCUAACCGCGCACCGCCACGACCACCGUGACAGCCGCGAAACGGACGGUCGGUCACAGUGGCACUCUCAGCGCGGGUUCCCCCGUCCUCCUCCUCCUCCUCCCCCUACCGUACCCUCCGCUGCUGGGGGACGCGAUGCUCACCACCGAUGCCAACGGGAGUGUCCGCUGACCCUGCGACCAUUCAUCGGAUUACAAAGACAGACAUAAACCUACCGUCUUCACCGGAGUGUAAUUCCCGGUACGCGGAGAGCAGCUCUGAGGAGCCGAGGAGGAGACAGACUUGGAGCGACGUUUCGUCGCGGUGGGGGAAGCGAUGCGGCCCCUUCUCUCCACGCUGACUGUCUUAUUUAUCCAGAUGUUGCUGGUGAUGUGCAAGCCUUUGCAGGUGUUGGGGGUGGACGGGGUGAACUUCAGCGUGCACGUGGAGAACCAGACUCGGGUGCGGGACGCCAUGAGCCGGCGGCACCACCGCGUCUACCAGCUGUACAGCCGCACCAGCGGCAAGCACGUGCAGGUCAUGGGCCGCCGCAUCAGCGCCAAGGGGGAGGACGGAGACAAAUAUGCCCAGCUCGUAGUGGAGGCAGACACCUUUGGGAGCCAGGUGCGCAUCCGGGGGAAGGAGACCAACUUCUACCUGUGCAUGAACCGCAGGGGCAAGCUGGUGGGCAAGAAGGCCAGUAAUCGCAGUGCUGACUGCGUCUUCGUGGAGAAGGUGCUGGAGAACAACUACACGGCGCUCAUGUCGGCCAAGUACAACGGCUGGUAUGUGGGCUUCACCAAGAAGGGGCGCCCUCGGCGCGGCCCCCACACACUCCCCAACCAACAGGACGUCCACUUCAUGAAACGCUUCCCUCCGGGGGAGCAGCCGGACGUCACGCCGUUCCGCUUCACGACGGUUAGCAAGCGGAGCAAGCGAGUCAGAGCCGCCAGGCCACGCUAACAACACUAAACAUUAGCGUUAUGCUAAUGCGUCUUUUUGUUUGUUUACCCGCCCCACACAUCGUCUCCUGUCAAAAGGCCACUAAAAAGUCCUGUGUGUUUCUGUUUUUCGGGACGAAAGCUACAAAAUGUUUACCCCUGUGGGACGUGCUAACCCAGACUGAUUGACUGACUGACCAACAGUCCCUCAUCUUUUGCCACCGUGUAAAGAGAAAAUGACUGGAUCAUUUCAAAAACGAAAAAGGGAGACAUGCUAACGCGGCCUAAGCUAAGUGUAUGCCAACUAGCCCAGCAUGGGGUGAAUCCUGUUUAAUGCUAAAAUGUUAAACAAUUUCGAUGCUGACAACAGACUGAAUAUGACUAGCAGCUGUUUUACUGUGUGAAGUCCAGGCAUCAUCUCAUCAAUUCUUUCAAUAACGUCAGCACUGACUCACACACACAGCAAUGACCCUAUUCAUUUUUUCACUUUGGUUUUGGAUAUUGAACCAGACAGAUAGACAGACAGAACACACAACGACAGGCUCCCAAAUACCUAUGGAGAAGCCUAGAGACUAAGUCGACACCUGGCAAGCCAGAAGUGGCAGGGUGGGACUGGGCUGCCGCCGACUGUCCGGGCCCUAUCGGUUCGGUCCCCUCCAGUGCAGUUUCGCUCCGUCUGGCUCCGUUGUAUGUUUGGGACCAGAAUUCUGCAUGGAAGUUAACCAAACGGUCCAAUUGACCAAGCUGUUGGACUGGACCUUCGAUCAGUUCCGGUCCUGUCCCGGUGCUGUCCCAGAGACCAGACCUGCUUGAGACCAGAUUUCUGCAUGGAAAUAACUAAACGGGCCAACAGAUCAAGCUUUUUGCCCUGGAUCUUCGAGCCUGUUCAGAAACGGCAAAAACUCAAAACAAAAAAUCCAGGAAUGCAAGGUCCAGGAUGAGGCAACCAAAAGAGAAGUCUUGCCAAUUUAGGGAAUGGGCAUGUUCUCCUGACACAGGACCUAAGCAACCAAAAUGUCUGACAUUUGUAUUUGUGUAUGGAUGUGCGUGUAUGUGUGUGAAAGUGUGUAUGUGCGUUCGUUAAGUGUGAAGAGUGGCUGAGAGUGAAGGCCAUCAUUAAGGGAAUGACUGUUCCUGUGAAAGAUGUUUGCUUUUUUUGACCGGCCAUGUUUGUUUCGAUUUACAUCGAGAUCGAACUCUGGAGGAGCAAAUUCGUCGUACGGAGCGCCCGCAAUGUAAAGAAGGGCGAUGUGAGUGACUGCCCGCGAAUUAGUUCUCCAUGCAGAAGGGGUGACGUGCCCUUAAUUGGACGUUUACAACAGGGAAGGGUGACCUGGAGGACAACAGGUGAUGAUCUCGCCUUUGCUUUCCCUCUCUCUAUUGAAGGACAUAACCCUAUGAGAACUGGAAUGUACAAAUGAAUGCUAUAAAGACAUUAAGUAUCAGCUGCACCAAAAAAAGACUUUAUGAUAACCAAAGACAACUGGAGACCAAUGAUGGAUUUUGGUGACCACGCCCCCGUUUCAGCCCUGUAAACCAAUAGCAAGCACUCAAUCACAGGGCGAAAGGGGUGCUGCCCAAUCAAUCUCUUUGCAUUUGCAUUGCUAUAGAAACGACACAGGGAACAAUUUACUCCCAACUUUGAGACAGUAUGGAAUGCUGCUACCAAGGACACUAUGGAUUAACCAAAGUCUCAUACACAAAAAAAUAUUAAAGGGAACCCAUUAAAAAAACUAUAUAAAGAUUAUAUUAUAUAUAUAUAAAGAGUAAAGGCUAAAUAAGCAAUAUUAUAUGAUUGCUACUAUAAUUGUUGUUAUAAAUAUGAAAUUAUUUCACUUAUUUAUUUCAUCUCAGUGUAUGGCAGCCUUUCUACACGCCAGUAAAUCUUACAGAAAAAAACUGUGCAUCAGUAAACGGCGCUCC